UGUAUUUUGAAGACAACCAAAAGGAGAACGUAUUCCGGGUGUGGCUGCAUGUGAUUUACCCAAUAGCCAAAGUGGGGGGGACGCCGAAGGGGAAAGACAGAACGUUGUCUGCCGAAGGGAGUGGAAGCUGAGGGCUGCAGGAUGAAGAACUCUGGAACCUGUAUACUGUUGUGUCUCUUGGCACUCUUCUUGUCCCCAGCUGACUGGUUUCCAUGCGUGGUCAAUGGGCAAGAACCAGAAAGUGCAACUGGUGAUGUUACCCCCGCCUCUCUUCUCAGCAGCCCUGCUGCAGCUGUUACACCACCUGCAGUUCCUCCUUCCGUUCUGUCUGACAGCGAAACUGCAACGGCUUCAUCAGAUUGCCGUGAAGAAAAGUUCCCUUGCACGCGCCUGUACUCUGUUCACAAACCAGUAAAGCAGUGUAUCAGCUACCUCUGCGUCCUCAGUGUGCGUCGCAUGUACAUAAUAAACAAGGAGGUGUGCUCUCGCAUUGUCUGCAAGGAGAAUGAGGUCAUGCAAGAUGAGAUCUGUCGCCAGCUGGCUGGCCUUCCUCCUCGACGUCUCCGCCGAUCUGGGCAACCCCUGCCUCUCCCUUGCAGACAGCUCCUGGAGCAGCAGCAUGGAAGGCCUGAUGCUCUGUGAACUCCCAACAGCAGGAGAGGAAAAGGAAGGAAGAGAAGAGAAAUCCUCAUCCACUACCUACCCGAGACAAGUCCUUCUUGUUUGUGAUUUCCCCACCAUUUUCUUGCUUCUGUGCCUUCCCCUACAUUCUUUUCUUCAGGUGCUGCAGUACACAGAGCACUCUGCUAGUCUGUUAUGGUGGCUGUCGUCAUCUUUAAAAUCUGUUGCUGAGGAUAGAAGAUGCUCCCUCCUUUCCCUCUGUCUGGCAGGCCAUGAGCUGCUCAUUUCCCAGAGGUCCUUAUAAAUGUGCUGCAUCUUCUCUUGCUUUGUCCCUGGAGGGAUAUUCUGUAUGGGGACAGGAUGUAGUUCUCUCCAGUGGUACAGAUGCCCUAAGCUUCAUUUCAUGUGGAGGAGUACAAACUAGAACUAGGCCCUAGGACUUCUGCCCUUUAUUUCUUGCAAUGGCAUCAGUAUGAGCUCAGAUAUUGUUAGUCAGCCUGAGCCUCUCUGAUUCUCCUGAGCCACUGCAUUUGUUGUGUGAUAGCACAGUCUCCUCCUUGUGUCUGCUGGCAUCAGAGAAGUGACAGAAAUGGGAGAUGAGCUAUCCUGAACCCAAGGCAAACCUCAUUGCCCCUGGAUGGCAACAGAUCAUUUAUAACUCCCUCUGGGAAGUUCUUUGUCCCAAGCCCAUUGCCUCCCUCACACACAACUGCUGCCAAAAGGAAGAAUUCUGGAUUUAGUAUGGCAUUAUAUUUUUCUCGAGAAGAUUAUGUUGGAACAGAGUGUUGCCUCUUACACUCCCUCGUCUCCUCUCCCCUAUUCUUGUCCCUCCCUUCCCAUUGAAGACAUCUCUUGAUGUCCAUUCCAGGCAAGUUCCAGGGAGCAGUAAUUACGGCUGUCUCCACUCCUAAGCCCAAGAAAGCCCAUGAAGAACCUGCGUGUCCUGACAGUACGGGGAACUUGCAAUGAAUUAGCUUGUCCUGCUGUCUUGUCUUGGUCUGGCUACCUCCACACUCUCCAGUUGCUGAGCUUGCUUUCAAUAUCUCCACUUGAGUUCCUACCUCUUGACCUGGAAGCUUCUGCACAAAGCAGAAAGGAGUCACAAACUGGAAUCAGAUGUGAGAGAAGAAUUAUUAUCUGGGAUCCCUGGUUAUCAGGGACCUGCGAUUUUCCUGCAGGUUCUCUGACUCUGCUGACCUGUACAGAGCCAGGUGCUGAUGGGGAAGGUAAACAUAUCUGCAGAUAUAAGUGCUUAUAGAGGCAGGCCAGCCUGGGGAGAAGAAUUACUCUGGUAGCACUGGAUGUCUGGUCUGCUCAAGAACUUUGUAUUUCAGAUAUAUGGAGAACAUUUCCAGGUAUAUGGGCAGUUUACAUGAUGACACUGGGUAGGGUAAGUGGGGAAGAGCAGUCUGAACUGUAUUAAUUAUUCUGUGUGACUCUCAGUGGCAUAAUUCUGUGGGGCACCGGAGCACUGCAGCAGAUCAGCAAGGCCCUGUCUCUAGGACCUCUGUGUUGUUCCCAACUAACAGAGAGCCAGUUCGCCAGAUUAGGCAUUCACCCCCAUGACAUAAUAUACUCUGCUGCUGAACAGAGUACCAUUCACCCUUGCAGGGACACUGCUCUCCUGCACAGAGCCAAGGUCACACAAUAUCAGGGACAGUUUGCUGCACAGAGGCAGAUGUCUCUUGAGAAAAAAACAAUGUAAGACCCUCUCACCUGGACUAGGAUUUCUGCUGUAUGCAUCAAUAAGCUGUUUACAUCCUCUCUGUAGAGGAAGACACCCUGUGCAGACAGAUUUGUUCCAUAUGAGGUCAAAAUUGUCCAUAGAUGGGCUAAAUCUCUCUGUAUUAAGCCAGUACGCAGGAGAAAGAAUUUCAAGUUAUGCAGUGUCUGGAAUUUCAUCCCAUGCAUAGGAGCAUUGCACCCCUACUCAGGGAAUGAUGCUCCUCCUCAGUCUAGUCUCUGGAGACUAGGUAUGGAGGAGGAAUUUCUCUGUGCUGAGAGAGUGCAUGUUUCUGUAGAAAGGAGGUCACUGAGAGCUUGAUCUCACAGAAAUUCAAGCCACUGGCAGCCACUGACUUCCAUGAUGGGAUACCUCUGAAAAUUGCCUGUGUGGAGGAAGGUAGGAUGGAGACGAGAUAUUAGAGGGACAUCUUGGAAAUUGGACUAGGCCAAGUCUCCACUUUGUAUUUAGAGUUGACUAUAAGCUGAUAUAGAUAUAUAGCUGUGUAACAUAGCUCCUGUACAGCAUAUAGAAAUUUAACAUUCAUACAGUUUGGGAAGUAGUUAGAAGCCUUUCUGUUGCUUGCUUUCAGCAGGGUCAGGAAGAGGUGCUCCUGUCCAGGAGAACAUUGUUUUAAUGCUAGAGUCUAUAUAAUGCGUAUUAAAGGAAAAUUUAUUUCCUAUUAUUCUUGGCAACUCUCACGUGUUUGGGUCUAUUUGUCACUUGCUGUAUUUCCUCCAGAUUUGUGGGGAAACUUGACUCCAGCCCAAAUCUGUCAUUUGGAGCUUUUUACUCCCUGCUAACCUAGUCCUCUGCUGCCACCCUCCCUUCACUCAUGAAUCACAGGUCUUCCUGGGAAGUCAUUAUUUUUUCUAGAGAAACAUAAAAUUUGCUCCAGCAUAGCUGUGCUAGAUUUUCCUGACAGUUGGUAGCUGCUGAACACAAGGAUAACUCCUCCCAGCCCAUUAAAUUUGUGCUGAAAACACAUCUUUUCACUGUGCAUGUGCCAUGACUUUCUGGUAAAGAAUUAACAUCUCCAAGUAAAAUGGUAAGGUGACUGAAGUAAGAGAAGAGCUGUGCUAACUAUCACAUGAGUGAAGAAGAAUUUGUUCACUACAGCCAUUUAACUCAAUAAUGGGAAAAUUACAUAUCUAGGUCAAAAGGAUUAGAAGAAUUUCUCUUUCAUUGAUUUUCUGAUUUUUUAAUAGAUUCGUCAGGCACUGACUGUGCAUCAUAUUUUCAUUGAAAAGGUAGAGCACUCAGAGUUUGGGGCACUCUAGGCAGUGUGUUCAUGUGCAAGCAGUGAGGUCUGCAUUUAGAUGGUAUUUCUAGAACAAAAGUGGCUGUGGCCCAAAUUACCCAUUAAAGUGCCUCUGACAGUGUCCCAUAGGACUUCAGGACUAAACCACACAAUGCAGAUUAUUGCACAGUGCUAUCCCCUAGAAGCAAUGCCUCUUCCUGGCUGAUGCUGUGAUGUCCCUAUCUUGGACUGUUAUAAUGGAAACAGCCUCAACCCCAAGUGACUGUAGAUGUUGCUCCCACCUACACAGGCCAAACCCUGCUCUGUCUCAUGAGCUCUUGACCUGUGCAGUGUCCCUCUAUUGGCACUUUCCACUGGCUGUGUGUGCCAUCAGAUUUUUGUGACUCAGUUUAUCCUUCCCUUUUCUUACAGCACCGGAGUCUGCAGACACACUUCCCCACCUUCAUUAGCACUUAUUCCAUAUACAGAUUUACCUUCCCUGCCAUUCCAAACUGAAUUGCCAUGGUUGCUGGUCUCUGGAUAGAGCCUUCUCUUAUAAACCAGAGCAGUGGUUGUAAAUACAGCUCCAGCUAGGUCUGCUGUUCAUGCAGUUGGGCUAGCCACAAAGAAAGCUGCCAGAGGCCUGUUUUAGAAACAUGGUCCUGUGUUUGUGGCUGAUUCUCACAAACUUCUGACCUGGAGCGGGAGUUAGAUGUCUUGCAGUCACUACCGACACAAUGGUUGUUCCCGCUCCUUUCACUGUCACGGCUCCCCACUGCUGAGCAGUGUUGCCAGUUUGAAGGCUGCUGUUUGAAGGCCAGUGUUCUGAUGCUUGGUCCCCUGUUGGAAGCAGCUGCCAUGUCACCUAGAAGCUCCAUGUUUCCUGAAUCUUUCCACAAUAACCCACAGCAUGAACAAAAUAUGUUGACAUCAGGCGUCUCAGCUUGGAGGGAUCCCUUAAGAGCAUCCUUCUGGCUGGGAUGUGGGCUUGUCCUUCACAGAGGGGACUGGUGCUUGCAGCUUAUCCAAAAAAAGCACCCCUAUUAAACAAAGACUAGCUGGCUGGAAACCAAAAGGGACUUAAAAAUUAGAGAAAAAAAAAAAGUUGUGGUUGGGUUUUUUCCCCCCAAAGAUUUUAAAGGUACACAAUCCUAUAACAUUGACUGCUGGCACCACAUGGUCUGACAUUGUUUGACAGUGUACCUUCAUCCAGCUGUGAACAGUCCCUUGACAGGGCACAGGAAAUCUGAAUUCCAUUUCUGAAUCUCUUAACUUCCUGCUCUCUGAUCUUCAGCAUCCUGCUCUUUUCUCUCUGUUCCUUGCUAUCCAUAGCCCCUGUAGUGCAGCAAGUUGGAAUAAAC